CUGUCAAAGGUGUCUUUGUUUACACACAAGCCAGUGGCGGAAUCUUCUCCCUCCUUAACGCAUUUUUGUUACAAUUUAGUAAAAAGUUUCACAUAUAUUAAAGCGUAUAUGGCCUAAAUUGCCAAAGCUAUAGAGAUUUGAUUCGCUGUAUCAAUGGCACAGUCAUCUUCCGGCCAGACGAAAACGAUGCUAGUAUGGCUCGACUACAGCCGGCACAUGCUGAGCACGCUGCAGGACAUUUACGCCGACCAGCAGUACACGGACUGCCGGCUGGUGGUGCCCGACGGUGAGCUGUACGCGAACCGUCCGAUACUGAGCAUGGCGUCCGGGCUGUUCGAGGCAAUCUUCACCAGCAUGGUCACGCUCACGAUGGACCCGUCCACGGUGCUCAUACCGGACAUGACGUUCGCCAACCUGCAGCGCGUCGUGCAGUUCAUCUACACCGGCCGGGUGACGCUGCAGCCGGACGAGGUCGUUCCGUUUAUGGAGGCGUGCGGGCUGCUGCAGCUCCGGGGCGUCGAAUGUUGCGGCAACCGCACGAUGGGCAUUUACAUUGACGAAUCGGGCCCGGAAGCUACGGCGGAGGACGGUGAUCCGUUCGCAACGGCCCCAGAAACGGAUCCGCUGCACAUCGACCACACCCGGUACCCCGGGGCGGUGGAAAAGGCUGAGCCGCCACCAUUAAAACUUAUUGAGCCGAAUCUCGAAUCUACGAGUGAGCUAUUUCCGGGCAAUAUCUGCAAAGAAGAGUUGAUGGUAUCGGACGAGGACAGUGCGGAGGAGGAGGAGGAGGAGGAGGAGGAGGGUGGUAAAAGUGACGCGGGCGAGGACAGCUCGAUGGACGACAGCACGGACAGCGAGCAGGAUGUGGAGCGGUGGAUGGCGCUGGUGAAGGAGGUUGGAGUGGUCGACACGAGCCACCCGGGAGCGCCGAACUUCACGCCCUACCAGAACUGUCUGAAGCAGGCCAUCGUAGCGGUCAUUAGCGGGAAUGUUUCGCCCAGAAGAGCGGCCGCCCGGUACAACGUACCCGCGGGCAGGCUGGUGCGCUGGACGCAGAAGGUAAAGCGAGCGAUGAAAAAGAAACCAGAGACGGUAACUGCCAAUGUGCCGCAGAUGGUUGCCGCAUACAUUGACCGGAGCAUACAGGAGUUCAAGCAGCUGCUAGAAACGAGCGAUGCGGACGAACGUGUCAGCUUGCUGAGCGACCCAUCAAAUGUGCUGAUGUACGACGUGCGGAUUAUGCUCGCGAUCCACGACAUCAUGUACACCGGGAUAAGCCUGCGCGAAGCGGUAACGCGGUACAAAAACAGUCUCGGUUUGCUGAGAAACCGGCUGUACAAUCUAAAGAGUCAGCUAAUAACGAACCAUAUUAAGUCGUUCGGAAUCAGAUUGAAAAGUGCGGACAAACAGACAAACGAGCGACAGGCGGCAGGGAAGAAGCGUCGAAGGUUUGAGACGGAGUCGGGGAAGAUUUUGAAAACAGCCGAUCCCUCCCGGUACGAGGAGAGUGUGGCCAAAGCGCUGGAGGCGAUUGGUUACGGUCUAUCUAUCCAGCAAGCCGCAAACCACUUUCGCAUACACAAAAGUGCUCUAUGGCGGCACGCAAAGGCCAAGAACAUAACCUUUCCGCAGGAAAGGACAGUUCUAAGGAAGAAAGCAGCGACAAAAAAAGUUAAACCGAGCGGUGGUGGUUCAAUAGCUGCCUCCUCCUCUGCUACGAACAGUUGCCCCGUAGUGCCGAAGCUGGUACCGUUUGGAAGCACUGGAGCCGUCACCACCGUCGAGCGCGUUAGGGAUCGUGCAGGAGGUGGUGAGAUCGCUCUAGCACCGGCUAGUACGGCGGCUCCUCCGAUUGCUGUGCCAAGUUUGCUUCCCCUGCCCAAGUUGGUUCCGAUUUCGAGCAGCUCGCUGCCGGAGUACGAGGAGCGGAUGGAGGCAGCAAUCGCUAUGAUAUCGAAUCAGAAAAUGAGCUACCGGGAAGCGUCGGUAAAGUACAACAUUCCCAAGGCGACACUGUGGAAGAAGAUAAGUAAGAUGGAGCCGAAGAAGUGAGCCAAGCAAAUGGUGGCAAGCAAGUGAAAGUUGGACAUAAUCUGUGUAGUGUAAGUGGUGCCAAUUAUCGGUAUUAAAUUGUUCUUGCUUGAUGUAAAUUGGACUAAAGUAAUACAUUUUAAUUUUACACUUAAAA